UUAUCGCCUUGCCCUUGCAGUUGAGGAAAGCGAGGUAUGACACUCCUCCAUUCAGCUUUCUGGUGAGAUUUAGGAACAGUCCUGCCUGCAUGACCUCAGAGGGUCUCCUCCAGCCUCCGCGACGCCUCUAGGAAUCCGCAUGUCCUUCGGCUUCGCGGAAGCAGGGCAGCUCGGUCCCGCCGCAGCCUCGGGACUCGUCCUUCGCCGGCCGCACCCGCUCCGCUCUCCCGCGCCUUCCUCGGGGAGGUCCGCCGGCCCAGGUCUGGCUGUUCCUCCUGUCCUUUCCCCCGCCUCCCUUCCACUGGUCCCCGACGUGCAGGCAGCUGCCAGCCGAGCGCCCCGCAGGGCAGUGCGGGCUGAUGCCGCCGCCGCGGAGGGCGGGAGGGCGCCGGCCCGGCUGGAGCUUUGUAGUACGCCAACCUCAGCGAGGCAGACGGGAUGGCUAGCUCAGCCCGGGAGCAUCUGCUUUUUGUACGGCGUCGGAAUCCCCAGAUGCGGUACACACUGAGCCCAGAGAACCUCCAGAGUCUGGCUGCCCAGAGCUCCAUGCCAGAGAACAUGACCCUGCAGCGAGCCAAUAGCGACACGGACCUGGUGACUUCGGAGAGCCGCUCCAGCUUAACUGCCAGCAUGUACGAGUACACGCUGGGGCAAGCCCAGAACCUCAUUAUCUUCUGGGAUAUUAAAGAGGAGGUGGAUCCCAGUGAUUGGAUUGGACUUUAUCACAUAGAUGAGAAUUCUCCAGCCAACUUCUGGGAUUCUAAAAACAGGGGUGUAACCGGAACACAAAAAGGGCAAAUUGUAUGGAGAAUUGAGCCUGGGCCCUAUUUCAUGGAACCGGAGAUAAAAAUCUGUUUUAAAUACUACCACGGCAUUAGUGGAGCCCUGCGAGCCACGACCCCCUGCAUCACCGUGAAGAACCCAGCUGUGAUGAUGGGGGCAGAGGGCACGGAAGGAGGUGCUUCAGGAAAUCUGCAUUCUCGGAAACUUGUUAGCUUUACGUUGUCAGAUCUUAGGGCAGUUGGGCUAAAGAAAGGGAUGUUCUUCAAUCCUGACCCUUAUCUCAAGAUGUCCAUUCAGCCAGGGAAGAAGAGCAGUUUUCCCACCUGUGCCCACCACGGACAGGAGAGACGGUCUACUAUCAUCAGUAACACCACUAAUCCCAUUUGGCACCGAGAGAAAUAUUCCUUUUUUGCACUUCUUACUGAUGUCUUAGAAAUUGAAAUUAAAGACAAAUUUGCCAAGAGCCGUCCUAUCAUCAAGCGUUUUCUGGGGAAACUAACCAUUCCAGUCCAGAGGCUGCUGGAGCGACAAGCCAUCGGUGAUCAAAUGCUCAGCUACAACCUUGGCAGAAGGCUCCCAGCUGACCACGUGAGUGGGUACCUCCAGUUUAAGGUGGAGGUUACGUCUUCUGUUCAUGAAGAUGCUUCUCCAGAAGCUGUUGGCACCAUACUCGGAGUCAGUACGGUGAAUGGGGACCUAGGAAGCCCUUCUGAUGACGAGGACAUGCCAGGCAGCCAUCACGACGGCCCGGUUUGUGCUAAUGGGCCAGUUUCUGAGGAAAGUACUGCUGAUGGGACCCCCAAGCAUUCAUUGAGGACUAGCUCCACUCUGGAAAUAGACACAGAGGAAUUAAAUUCUACUUCUUCAAGGACAUCACCUCCCAGAGGACGUCAGGAUUCACUCAAUGAUUACUUAGAUGCUAUUGAACACAAUGGCCAUCCCAGGCCAGGGGCAGCAACCUGCUCUGAGAGGCCCAUGGGAGCCUCUCCCAAACUAAGGAGUAGUUUUCCCACAGACACAAGACUCAAUGCAAUGCUUCACAUUGACUCAGAUGAAGAAGACCAUGAGUUCCAGCAGGACCUGGGUUACCCAUCUUCCUUGGAAGAGGAAGGAGGGCUGAUCAUGUUUAGCAGGGCAUCCAGAACUGACGAUGGGAGCCUGACAUCUCAGACAAAGCCCGAGGACAACCCCAUUGAGAAUGAGGACGCCUCCACACAUGAGGCUGCUUCCCUUGAAGACAAGCCGGAAAAUCUUCCAGAGAUUACAGACAGCUCCUUACCCUCAGGCCCAGCCCCAGAUGAAGGUGAAGGUGGCCCUGAGUCUCAACCCACUGGGGACCAGGGCAGCACUGAAUUGUGUGGCUCUCAGGAGGUGGAUCAGCCCACAAGUGGGGCAGACACGGGGACUUCCGACACGUCAGGAGGAAGCCGCAGAGCCAUCAGUGAGACCGAGUCCCUGGACCAGGGGUCCGAGCCUUCCCAGGUGUCCUCUGAGACGGAACCCAGUGACCCUGCCAGGACAGAGAGUGUGAGCGAAGCCAGCACCAGGCCUGAGGGAGAGAGUGACCUGGAGGGCGCCGACAGCUCCUGCAACGAGAGUGUGACCACACAGCUGUCCUCCGUGGAGACGCGGUGCUCGUCUGUGGAGAGCGCGCGUUUCCCCGAGACCCCGGCCUUCUCUUCUCAGGAGGAGGAAGACGGGGCCUGCGCGGCAGAGCCCGCCGAUGGCAGCCCUGCGGAAGGGUCGCAGGAUUCCAUAUGCACCCCGGGCUCUUUACCUGUGGUGCAGGUGCCCAGUGGGGAGGAGGAAGGGCCAGGGGCAGAAUCGGCCACUGUACCUGACCAGGAGGAGCUGGGGGAGGUCUGGCAGCGGAGAGGCAGCGUGGAGGGAGCCGCGGCCGCUGCCGAGAGCCAGCGCCAGGAAGAGGGCGAUGCCGGGGGUGCCCGAGGCGCCUGUGAAGGGGCCACAGCCCAGGAGGAGGGCGCCACUGGAGGUUCUCAAGCCAACGGCCACCAGCCAUUGCGGUCACUACCUUCAGUGCGCCAAGAUGUUAGCCGGUACCAGAGGGUGGACGAGGCUCUCCCACCAAACUGGGAGGCGCGCAUUGACAGCCACGGGAGAAUCUUCUAUGUGGAUCAUGUGAAUAGAACCACGACGUGGCAGCGACCAACAGCUCCCCCGGCCCCACAGGUGCUGCAGAGAUCUAACUCCAUACAGCAGAUGGAGCAGCUGAACCGGCGGUAUCAGAGUAUCCGCAGAACCAUGACCAAUGAGAGGCCCGAGGAAAAUACCAAUGCUCUUGAUGGGGCAGGGGAGGAAUCCGACUUUCACCAAGCCAGUGCAGAUUUCCGACGGGAGAACGUCCUGCCUCACUCUACCUCCAGAUCCAGGCUCACAUUGCUGUUACAGUCUCCCCCCGUGAAGUUCCUCAUCAGCCCAGAGUUCUUCACCGUGCUGCAUUCUAACCCUAGUGCCUACCGCAUGUUUACAAACAACACGUGUUUGAAGCACAUGAUCACCAAAGUCCGAAGGGACACCCACCACUUUGAACGUUACCAGCAUAACCGGGACCUCGUGGGAUUCCUCAACAUGUUUGCGAACAAACAGCUAGAGCUGCCGAGGGGCUGGGAAAUGAAACACGAUCAUCAGGGCAAGGCAUUCUUUGUCGACCACAACUCCCGCACCACCACCUUCAUCGACCCCCGGCUGCCCCUCCAGAGCAGCAGACCCACGAGCGCGCUGGUUCAUCGGCAGCACCUGACGAGGCAACGCAGCCACAGCGCGGGUGAGGUAGGAGAGGAUUCUCGACAUGCAGGACCACCAGUUCUUCCCAGGCCAUCCAGCACGUUCAAUACAGUCAGUAGGCCACAGUACCAAGACAUGGUGCCAGUGGCUUACAAUGACAAGAUUGUUGCAUUUCUGCGUCAACCCAAUAUCUUUGAAAUUCUACAGGAGCGUCAACCUGAUCUUACCAGGAACCACUCACUCAGGGAGAAGAUCCAAUUUAUCCGAACUGAAGGGACUCCAGGAUUGGUGCGCCUCUCAAGUGAUGCAGACCUUGUUAUGUUGCUGAGUUUAUUUGAAGAAGAGAUAAUGUCAUAUGUGCCUCCACAUGCCUUACUCCACCCCAGCUACUGUCAGUCCCCACGUGGCUCCCCCGUGUCAUCUCCUCAGAACUCGCCAGGUACUCAGCGUGCCAAUGCCAGAGCUCCAGCCCCUUACAAGCGAGAUUUUGAAGCCAAACUAAGGAACUUUUACAGGAAGUUAGAGACGAAAGGAUAUGGACAAGGCCCAGGGAAAUUAAAAUUAAUUAUCCGAAGAGAUCACUUACUAGAAGAUGCUUUUAAUCAGAUUAUGGGCUACUCCAGAAAAGAUCUGCAGAGAAACAAGCUAUAUGUCACCUUCGUUGGGGAGGAAGGGCUGGAUUACAGUGGACCUUCUAGAGAGUUUUUCUUCCUGGUAUCCAGAGAACUCUUUAACCCAUAUUAUGGCUUAUUUGAAUAUUCAGCCAAUGACACAUACACAGUACAAAUAAGUCCCAUGUCUGCUUUUGUAGACAAUCACCAUGAAUGGUUCCGGUUCAGUGGUAGGAUCCUUGGUCUUGCACUAAUACACCAGUAUUUGUUGGAUGCCUUCUUCACACGGCCCUUUUAUAAGGCUCUUCUCAGAAUUCUGUGUGACCUGAGUGAUCUAGAAUACCUUGAUGAAGAAUUCCACCAGAGCCUGCAGUGGAUGAAAGACAAUGAUAUCCAUGACAUCCUAGACCUCACGUUCACUGUGAACGAAGAAGUUUUUGGGCAGAUUACCGAACGAGAAUUAAAGCCAGGGGGUGCCAAUAUCCCAGUCACAGAGAAGAACAAGAAGGAGUACAUUGAGAGGAUGGUGAAGUGGAGGAUUGAGAGGGGCGUCGUACAACAAACAGAGAGCUUAGUGCGCGGCUUCUAUGAGGUGGUGGAUGCCAGGCUGGUAUCUGUUUUUGAUGCAAGAGAACUAGAACUGGUCAUUGCAGGCACAGCUGAAAUAGACCUAAGUGAUUGGAGAAACAACACAGAAUAUAGAGGAGGAUACCAUGACAAUCAUAUUGUAAUUCGGUGGUUCUGGGCUGCAGUGGAAAGAUUCAACAAUGAACAACGACUAAGGUUGUUACAGUUUGUUACAGGCACGUCCAGCAUUCCCUACGAAGGAUUUGCUUCUCUCCGAGGGAGUAAUGGCCCAAGAAGAUUCUGUGUGGAGAAAUGGGGGAAAAUCACUGCUCUUCCCAGAGCUCAUACUUGUUUUAACCGUCUGGAUCUGCCCCCGUACCCAUCCUUUUCCAUGCUUUAUGAAAAACUCUUGACAGCAGUUGAAGAGACCAGUACCUUUGGACUUGAAUGAACUGGAAGCACAAUGCCCAGCUCUUUGUGGACAGGCAAUUUCAGACGCUGCCUUCUAGAAGAAUGAACACUGGAAGUUUCAAGAGUUUGCUUCCUUUAGGGUAAUGCUGAGUGCUGUUAUUUUCCAGGAACACGUGCUUUGUCACAUUUGGGGACUGGUGAUGAGUCCUCUUGGAAGGAUUGGGUGAGCUUGAUGCCCAGGGAACAACCCAAUAGUCUUUCAAUCAACAGUUCUUGACUGCCAAACUUUUUCCAUUUGUUAUGUUCCAAGACAGAGAUGAAUCUGUAUCUGGUCAGCUCCAUGGUAAUUUCUAGGGACUCAGGAGAAUCUUGAAACUUACUCUUGAAUGUGGUUCAAGCCAAACUGGCAGCACUUGGCCCAAUCUCCAAAUUAGUGCAAGUUAAAUAAUAUAAUAAAAACAAAUAUAUUUCCUGAAAGUAUAUUCAUUUAAGCCCUAAGUUAUAACAGAAUAUUCAUUUCUUGCUUAUGAGUGCCUGCAUGGUGUGCACCAUAGGUUUCAGCUUUCAUGGGACGUGAGUGAAAAUGAAACCAAGUCAAUAUGAGGUAACUUUAAAGAUUUGCAAUAAGGUGGUCUGUGACAAUGUAUAUGCAAGUGGUAUGUGUGUAAUUAUGGCUGAAGACAAACCGUUAUUCAAUGAAUUACUAAUGACAGAUUUUAUGCUUUAUAAUGCAUGAAAACAAUUUUAAAAUAACUAGCAAUUAAUCACAGCAUAUCAGGAAAAAGUACACAGUGAGUUCUGUUUAUUUUUUAUAGGUUCAUUAUAUUUAUGUUCCUUAAGAUGUAUAUAAGAACCUACCUAUCAUACUGUAUGUAUCACCUGUUCCAUUGUCAUGUUCCAUGCUAACUCGGGCAUCAUGCUAAUAUGCAUCCAUUUAAGCACUCUCAAGGGAACAAAAGGGCCUUUUAUUUUUAUAAAGGUUAAAAAAAAUCCCCAAAAUAUUUUGCACUGAAUGUACCAAAGUUGAAGGGACAUUACAAUAUGACUAACAGCAACUCCAUCACUUGACAAGUAUAAUAGAAAAUAGCUUCUAAAUCAGACUUCCUUCACAGUGCCAUGUCUACCACUACAAGGACUGUGCAUCUGAGUAAUAAUUUUAUAAGAGUCACUAUAUGUGAUAGUAUGAUAUGCAUUUAUUUAAAAUGCAUUAGACUCUGUUCCAUCCAUCAAAUACUUUAUAGGAUGGCAUUUAAUACAGAUAUUUCGUAUUUCCCCCACUGCUUUUUAUUUGUACAGCAUCGUUAAACACUAAGCUCAGUUAAGGAGCCAUCAGUAACACUGAAAAGAUCAGCUCUCUUUAGUAAUAAGAAUUCCAUUUUCUCUCAUCAAUGAAGACAUCACAAAUUGAAACUCUCAGUACUAUAUUUCUAAACCUACAUUUUCACUGAUGUAUAAUUUUCUUAUUAAGAAACAGUUUUUCUAUGGUAACUCCAAAACUGCAUGACAUCAUUCAUCUUAUUUCUGCUUAAUUUUUAUGAGAGGGUGUCCUUCAUCUUAAUUGCUUUUGGGAUUACUCCACGUCAUUGUUUAUUCCUUGACUUAUGGCCAUAAAUAAUCAGACGUUCAACAGAGUGAAGUUAAAUUGAAGAUGAUAAAAGCAUUGGAUUAACAUUUGGUUUGCCAGCCUAUGGGUUUACAGGCAUUCCCCAAAUAUUUCUUUGAGACUUAUAUUUAUAAGCAGCCAUGGAAUUCCUAUUAUGGGAUGUUGGCAAUCUUGUAUUUUAUAGAGGUCAUAUGCAUAGUUUUCAUAGGUGUUUCAUGAGAACUGAUUGCCCUCCUGUUGGUUAAACUGUGUUUACUAUUGGAAGCCUCAAGAGGAAUACCACUCAUGUUGCAUUCCUACACUAAAGGCAGGUACUGCAAUGUGGGGAAAUGUUCUGAAAAAAGGUUAUAUUAAAAAAUAUAUAAUAGAAAUCUGGAUACAAGAAAGGAAGAUUUAUCUGUAUACUAUAAUUGGACCAGAAAAAAAGGGAAAAAGAAAAAAAUUUAACUGGAAAUGUCAGUUUGUACUUAUUGAUCAUGAAUACAAGUAUAUAUUUAAUUUUGCAAACUGUUUUCACUUGUUUGUAUUUUUUCAUUAUAAGGAAAAGUAAUAACACUUUUUUUAAAAAAAUCACAUUUUUGAUGGUAUAUGAGAUGUUUCAAAGCUGGCAUUCUCUAAGCAGCAGAUAUAGAAGGUUGCAUUUCUUUCAAAAAUACAUUCAUAGAUCAUGUUUGCUUUCAUUUUGGUUUGAUAUACUUUGUUACCAUAUUCCAUAUUAUUAGGUAAAAAAGAUUUGAAAUAAAAUGUAUCUCUUUAAUUAUUCCUAACAAAUACAUUUCUUUGUUAAGGCAUCCAACUUCUUCCCAAAUAACAGUUCACUUUAAUAUAUGCAGACAUUCUUACUUACUAUAAUUGUCUAGUUGAUACUGUUCUCAGAAUUGGGAAUUAUCAAAGAUAUACUUAGCAUUAUCAGAACACUAUGAUAACCUAUUAUUCUUUAUUACUAAAAUAAAAAACAGUCAAUGCUAACUAUAUAAAAUAUUAAAUAACAUUUCCACAGAAUAAAUUAGACUUUAAUAUACUCUACAAUUAGAAAUUUACAUAAAUAUUUUCUUCUGCACUAUGAACCCAAAUAACUAGGAUUUAUGGCCUUAUUUUUUUUUUAAGAAAUUUGUUAAGUGAUGCUCCUUAUACUAUAAAAGACAGCCACAAUACAUCAUAUAUGUAUGCAGAACAUCUCUUAGAUGAGAGAACAGGCACUGUAUUGGCACUCACUCUGUGCUAGUCACUGUAUUUGACGAUGGAGCUACAAGAUUCUAAAUCUGCCCUUGAGAAGACGACAGUCUAGUAGAAUAGAGACGAAGGUUUAAAAAAGCAUUUUUAAUAAAAUUUGGCAAGUUAUACAAUCAAGGAAUGAAGAGAGAACAGCUUAUUUUAUCUGGGGGAUUCAAUGAUGACUUCAUAUAUGAGAGAUAGUGUAGCUGGAAAAAAAAUCACGUAAGUGCUGUUUGUGUUGGUAACUAAUGGCGUAUAAUAGUGCAUCAAUACUGGUCAAAUGUUGAAGCCCAGGAGGGUUUAAAGUGUGCAGGUGGGAAGCUGAACUGUGAAGGAGCAACUCAAGGGUCUUCAAAUUAGCAAGGAAAUGCCAGAAUUAAGUCUGGUAGUUUCCCUCUGUUUCCCUUCAUCUGUACCAAGUGUAUCUUUGGUUUUCAGUGUGAAAAAUUAUAGUCCCUGAGCUCAAACAACUUCUGAGGUCAAAACUUUUUUCUCGUGCACAAAUUGAAUGGAUCAUGGUCCAAGAAGUAUGAUCACAAUUUUCUAGCAUAUGUUGUGUAAUAUUUAUAAUUUAGUAGAGAUUCUAUAAUAAAUAAAGGAAAAUCCGUUUCACCUGCAUAAAAAUCAGAAAUGGUAAAAAUGCAUUCAAAUGAAUGACAGUAAUGGUAGAAUAUGUUUGCACAGUGCUUUAGAGUUUAAAAGUGCUUUCAGGUACAGCAUCUGUUUUGAUCCUCACUUACUUUGUGAGGUGCAAGUGUCAAGUCCCAUCUGGGUUGAGGCUGAUUUUCAUGGAGGGUGUGUGGGAUCAGUUUCAGUACUCUAUAGGCACAAUUCUGUGUUUCAUCUUGAGAAAUGUGGAUACUAAUGUUUGUACCAGUAUAUUCCAUUUUCAGUGACUUUUGCAGGAUGCUUCAUCUACCGAAACUCUCUUUCUUAAACAAACACACUUAAAAUAUAACACCUGAAAAAUCCAUGAAAAAAUUAGUAUAUUCAUGGAAAAAACUCCCCAUAGACCUAAUAUAUGCAUUUUAAUACUUGUCAGGAGAAAUUGAAAACGGGGCAAAAUUUGGUUGCUUUUGAUGGAUUUAUAUAGUAUAGUUUUCUCAAAUAUUUGGAAGUAAGAUGAUGGAAAAAGCAAUAAUCAGAAGCCUUAUUUUAUUUCUUAAUUUUUAAUAAUGAUGGAUCCAGUAAACCCUGAUAGCUGAGUUCCAGUGAUAUCCAUGAAGGAACCACUGCAGGUUCUUCCUCCCUGUCUUCCUCACAUUCAUCCAAAUGAUUUUUUAAUAUCUUUCUGCACAAAUUUUAUUUAUGACUUGACCACUUGUGUCACUCUCGUAUUGAAGAGUCUGGGAGUCUGUUCAAGUCAACCUUAUUCAGAGUAAGGUGAAAUGAUGCUAUGUCAUCAUUAAAAGGUAUCUGCAACCCUGCAUAAUAAAAACAUGCAUAGGAAGAAUGUGGUCUGAUUUCCAAACUGAGUCUGCGCUUCAGGGCCUCGUGCUCCAUUUUAUUGGCUGAUUUCAUUGAUGAAGGACAACACUCUAGAUCUUAGCCAUCUUACUCCCAUGAGACUUGAGUUCAAAUUAAUAAGAAUGUCACUUUUAGAUUCUAAUUUUGCAAAAUUUAUUUCCUUUCUAGUUCAGUUGUGUUUUCCAGGUAAAUUUGUUUCUCUAGCUUGGAAGCAAAGGGAUACCAGAGUCAAUAAAGCUAUCUGAACUGUGGCUUAAGGCCAACUGCUGCCCACUGAAAGGGUGAUAAAAAUAAAAAGUAGAAAAGAGGAGCCCAGCAGCUGUGCCCCCCCCAAGAAUGUAAUGCUAAUUAUUGACCAACUGUCAAGAUUCGGCAUGGCAACUGCAUUCCAAGCAGCUGGCACAAAGGAUACCAUGAGUGUGUGCUGCCCGUGUCAUAGCAGUGUGGGCCAGAAGGAGCAAAAUGAUGGUUAAGACAGGAGUGUAGCAGAGGGAAAGCGAGAACAAGGGUGGAAGGAUCAUCUUAGGGCAUGGUGGGGAUAGAAACAUCUUUCAGUUUGGUUUCUGACUGAGAAGAAUGCUGUGUAGCCUAACAAAGGCACUGUUUGAUAAUCUACUAGGUGGGAAACGCCCUCAUUUUAUAACUUCACUAGGUUAACAUUUUCUGUGUUGCAAAAGGGAAUUUAGCCUCAGAGUAUUAAAGCUAACCAUAGCUUAAUCAGAAGAUUCAACAAUUUAGCAUUAAAUUAUGUUGUGAAUUUUUUAACAUAAGUAUUAGCAUUACUAUCAUUGAACACAAUGUAUGAAAUAAAAGAAAGGGUGCUUUUAUUUCAUUAUGCUUAAUUUGGUUUUGAGCAUUCUUUGACAUUAGAAUAGCUUUUGAGACAUUUUCAUGGUUUCUAAUAACUUAAAUGUUCUCUGUUAAUCUAGAAGGGAAAACCUUAAAAGUGAGGGUUGCAAUGGAGACCGAAUCAGUGUUUCCAAUUUAGGAAGUUAGUCAAGACAGAAAAUACAUUUGCUUAAAUUUUAUCUGCAAGGUAGCUGAUUUGGUUUUCGUGAUCGAACAGCUCAGCAGAAUAGGACAGCCCUAGUUGUGUGGUUUCUGGGGAACACAAGAGAAUCAAAUUUAUAUAUGUUAUUUUUAUGUCUAGUGGCCUUGGGCAGGUGAUAUCUUUCUAUCCAACUUGUGAGAUAUUACAACCCUGAGGAGUGUGGAUAGGCAUGUUGUAUGAUUCAAACUGAAUCUGCUAUUAUUGAUGCAGGUAAGGAACCAUCAGUAAACAAACUUCUGGUUACUAUCACCUUCUAUAAAAAAAGAAAGAAAGAAAAGGAUAAUGUUCAAGAAGUACCUUGGGAAGGAUUAACCAGGAAUUAACACGGAACUGAAUGUUCUUUUUGGACCCUAAUGCUCUAAAAGAUGUAAUUACAACCUAUUUUUCUUUAUAUAAUAGCAUAAAUAAAAUUUGGGGCUGUUAAUAUGUUGGAAAGUGCUUAAGAUUACAUGUUUUUAUAAUAGGGAUGCAGGCAUUCCAAAAUAAAUGAAUAAAAAUACAUGCAUCUCUCUCGUCUCUUACUGGAAGUAUUAAUCUAAUUUUAUAAUAAUGCUCACUUUUUAAUAUUCAGGCUCUGUAAAAAAAAUAUUUAUUUCUAAGAUUUCAGUAGAGUACAGGUGGUGUAUUUUUUUAAGCCUUUUCAUUUCUCUUCACCAACCCCACUCAUGUCCACUAUAUCAUGUAUCACAGUUAAUGGUGAUGUUUCCAUUUUUGAGUUGAUUUAAGCCUCAUAUUUAUGUGGCUUUUAAUGGAGAAUAAUAAUGGGGGGGGACACUUGUUACUAGCAUCAAUAUUAUACAGCUCUCAUUUCACCUUACAUUUAAAUUUCUUUUUUUUUCCCAAAGCAAAUAAUGCAGAUCGUUGACAUCUUAGAAAUGGUUUGUGAGAGGUAUUAUAUAUAGAGCCUAAGACUCUCAACUGGGACUAGUCGUUUAUUUUCUGAGAAGUCUGUAUUCUUACCCUCACCCUCACCUGCACCCCUGACUCUUUUGUUGUAUUUUUUAUGAUUCUGAAAUGCUUUGAGGGAAAGAUAUUUUAAUGUGUACAAUUUGUUUUAUUUUCAUACUGAUCUCUAUUUUUGUUUAAAACCAUGUUGCAUCAUGAAAUCACUUAAUCCAAAAUAAAUCUUCUUUAAAAAAA